GUCACGUGUCCCAACAACUCUACCUACACCUAAAGUUUGUCACAUCACAGCAGCGCGUUUGCGUUUGUGUUGAGCUCCUAAAACAACCCGACACAACAUUCAGAUACAGAUGUAAUAACAAUUUUCUUUAGACGACGUUCUCUGUUGCCGCUUAUAACGGAUAUGUACGUGGGUGACACACGGUGCCACGAUCACGAUCAAUGGCGUCCUGUUUGACAGAGUGGGUAACUUCAUGCUGCAACAUCAUUCUGUCCACCACGGCUCUGUACUCUUCAUAUAAACUCUUUAAGGACCACAGAGCUCCUUCAGUAGGUCUUCUCGUGCUUGGACUCUCUGCAUCAGUUUGCAUCUUUCCUUCCUCCAGCUCAUACCUAACUACCCUCCAGAAAGAAGCAGAGUGGGCUGGCGAGGUUCUGGCUCCAGCGCUGGUCUCCUUUGACUUCCUGUGGCUCAGUCAGGACCACAACACUGCACACAUUCUCCUCUGUGGCUCUUGUCUGCUGCUGGGACUGUGGGACUGGCUCUCAGCAGACACUCUGACAGUGAUGACCCGCUGCUUGGGCCUGUCCUCUCUGUCCUGCUGCCUCACAGUGUGUCUUUUUGCUGGUAAUGCUUCAGGGGCCGUGGGUGGUGUGGCCCUCAGCCUCCCUGUUCUCAUGACUCCACAAGUGGGAAUAAAUAUGUUUGCUCCUCUGGUUUCUACAGCUGCCUCUGAGGGAGUGAUGAAGUGGUUUUUGAAAGGCGCCUUGUCAAUAGGCUGUUGGGCCUCGACAAAGGCCCUCGGCAAGUUUCUGUUGGAUGUGACUGACCGAUGUAACUUCAGCAUUUAGUACACAUCUGUGUAUGUCAUCACAAUCUUGUAAUAAUUAUGCUAAAUGCCACAAAGACAUAUUUACCAGAGAUUUAAUGUAAAAGCUAUAACUGACAUUUUUUAUUUACUGUAUAAUAAGUUUCAGCUGGAGCGUGUUUGGCUGGGAACCGCUUAACCAAACAAGUAUUAGGUAUUGAACAAAAAUGAACAUAAGCUGGUUUUUUACUUUUCAAAAUCAAGUAUUUUCUGCCUUUUCUUCAUCACAUCACUCUGAAUUAAAUAUAUCUGUACUUCAAAAGCUUGUUUGACCAAUAAUUGAUUAUAUAAUAAA